UCAUUCCUUCUCUUUUUUUCUCGCUUUGUUUCUCCCGUCGUCUGAUCCACCACCGCAACGCACGCACGCACGCGCGCCUCCUCCUCCCUCCGCGGCGGCGACCACCGCGCGCGACGCCAUCGCCGCCACCUAGGGUUAGGGUUCCGGCGACCCCCACCCCCGGCGAUCGCGCGAGGGAUCCAUCCGUCCUCUCCUCCAUGUCCACCGACCAGCCUCACCUCCCGCCCCCCGCGCCCCCGCCCGGCGCCGCGGCGGCGGAUCCCCCCGAGUCCACCCCCGCGCCGCCUCCGCCGCCGCCGCUCGAGCCACCCGAGGUGAUGCACAAGACGAGGGCCGUCGACUUCCUCGGCCGCCGCACCCCAAUCGUCUACCAGAACGACAACGGGCCGUGCCCUCUCCUCGCCAUCUGUAACGUGAUGCUGCUGAAGAAUGUGAUCAGCUUGAACCCGGACGCGGGCGAGGUGUCGCAGCAGAAGCUGCUCUCGCUCGUCGCCGAGCGCCUCAUCGACUCCAACAGCAAUGUGCAGGGUAAGGACGAGGAGUAUGUGCGCAACCGGGAGCAGAACAUCUCGGAUGCGAUUGACCUUUUGCCGCGCCUCGCGACCGGCAUUGAUGUGAAUGUGAUGUUCAGGAAGAUCGAUGACUUUGAGUUCACCCGAGAACGUGCCAUAUUUGACCUUCUGGAUAUCCCGCUGUACCAUGGGUGGAUAGUAGAUCCCCAGGAUACUGACACUGCUACUUCCAUUGGAUCAAAGUCUUACAAUGCUCUUGCAUCUGGGCUUGCUGAAUUUAAGUCGGGGGAAUCAACAAAAGAGAAUAGACAUGUACAGGAGGAAGAAACUGUUGAUUUUGCUGCUGCAACUACUGCAGCACUAGGGGUUCCUUCUCCUAGUGUUUCUCGAGGUAUAUCAUUUGAUGAAAAUACACUCACUGACCCAGUUGAGUUGCACAUAAGACGAGGCGAUCGUGAGGAAGAAGAGGAACUAAGGAGAGUCCUUAGUCUAUCAAAAGCUGAAAAUGCUAAUGCUGUUGAUGGAUCUGGUUCCUUUGACACUUCACAGUCUCAUUCAUCCUCAAAUAUGGAGGAGACAGCACACACUGAGAGCUUCCAAUUAGAGGCAGUCGAGGCGAUGGAUUCAACAAAUAAGGAGGAACAUGGCAACAGCCAUGCUUUGAGCGAUGGCCCUAUGUUACAGGACACCACAAAUGCUGCUCCUAAUAUUAAUGAAGUUGGGAUGGAGGAAUCCCAACAGGUUUUGACGUCUAAUGAACUAGAAGACGAUGGGAAAAGGAAUAUCUUGCCAGAGCACUCUGAUAUAACCAUUCAACCUUCAGAGUCUGUGCUUGACUGUUCCUCUCAUGAGUCUUCUGCUCCCAACCAAGCUGCUCCUGCCCUUGGGCAAGUUGAUAAAGAAUCCUGUGAAGAACAAGCUCCCUUGCAAAUUCAUGGUCAGGCUUCUGACACUGAGAAAAUUCAUGGUCAGGCUUCUGACACUGAGAUUAGCUCUGAGCUAACAACUGCAGCUAGUCAAGAUACCCCAAAUCAUGCUACUAAAGAGCUGGAUGGGGAAGAUGGCAAUAGUCCUGAGCCUAUCAUCUUAAACCUUCAGGAAAGUGAGCCAAUAUAUCAAGGAGAAGAGCACAUACUUAGCACUGGAAAUUUGGCAUAUGAAAAUCAGGAGCCGGUUUAUGAGGGAGAGGUGGUUCUUGCUGAACAAGCUGACAAGACUGAGAAAAGUAGUGAGGACAUGCAAGAUGGGCCUGCAGAACAUCAAUGGGAACUAAUAGAUAAUUUCCUUCAGAACACUGCUAGCCAGCUAACUGUCUAUGGUUUAUUUUGUCUACAAGAGGGUCUUAAUGAAAGAGAGCUGUGCGUCUUCUUCCGUAAUAAUCAUUUCAACACAAUGUUCAAGUACAAUGGAAGCCUAUAUCUCUUAGCCACUGAUCAGGGUUUUUUCAGCCAAAGUGAUUUAGUAUGGCAAAAGUUGGAUGAGGUGAAUGGAGAUGGAGUUUUUCUGACCAGCAAUUUCACACCAUUUAAGGCUGAAAACCCGAGAAAUGAUUCUUGGAAUGAACAGCAGGCUAUGACAAGUACCGCUGACUAUCUUGCUCAAUUUGACAAUACUACCCUGCAGCACUCGUCUGGAAACUCUGAUCUAGAGCUAGCUAUAGCACUUCAACAACAGGAGUUUGAGCGGCAACAACCUCAACGACACCAGUCGUCAACACAGCAGCAGGAGCCGGUGCCCCAGCAGCAACAGCAGACACCCAAUCAAUCACAUGGCACAGGUCGGCCAGGAUUAGUUGUUGGUCCAACAACGGCAAGGAGGCCACCUGCUCCACAGCCGACGACGCCGAAGAAAGAGAAGUGCAUCGUGAUGUAAAGAUACAACAUAUCGGAGACGGGACAGGAGAAAGGAAAAGGGAGGGGGACAAGGAGCAUCACAUAGUAUACUGUAAAGAAUCUUCUUGUCUACUCUUCUUCUUUAGUGCCGCGGCAUAGCAGCAGCCUGUUGUUUUUUUAGCCACUUUUCCCAAUCUUGAGCGCUCUUCAUUUUGCGUGUUUUUUCUUCCCUGGUGUAAAUAACCUUCAAAGAAGUCAUAAAACGUAAACAGAUGCUGUCAAAUGAUAGCCCUCCAACGCGAUGUGAUUGGUUCAUCGUAUAGUACA